UCGCAUAGAAGGCGGUGGUGACGUUUAAUGCAGAAUAAUUUGACGUUCUUUGUAGUAAUAAAUUUAUUAAAAUGAAAAUAAAAAGAAAAUAUAAUUUGAAAUCAUAUUCACUUGUAAAUGUUAUCGAUACGAAAUUAUUUUAGAUCAGUAUAAGUGUUAAUAAAGGCAUAAAUUAGUUUUGAAAUACAACUAUUAUCCGUUCUCAGGAUCAAAGUUCAUUGCGUACCAAUGAAAAUAAUGUUGAUAACAUAAUUUAUAAUGAAAAGCGAAUCAAGAAACAACUCAAGUAUUCUAUUACUUAAAAAAAUAUUAUUAUAGUUUCGACCGCUGAUAAGAGAGGAGUAAGUCGAGUCUUCAUUUCUCCUACUCCGUUCCGUUGCCAAGACUAUCAACGCUCAAUUCGAAUAAGAAAACGAUAAAAAAAAAAAACCAAAUACUUACAUAAAUAAUGAUUGAUAAAGGGGGUGUCAAUUAGUAAAUCCAAUCACAUCUCUGUGAUCGUAUUCUUAAAUCAUACAAAGGGUGAUAGGGAGAACGGGUGAAACGAGUAAGCAUUUAAUGGAUUUAACUAAAUAUGUGAACGAAAAUGUUGUCAAUUGAUUUUAAAAAUACUUAUGACGAGAAUUGCAAUAAUUUACUUAAACUAACUACUAUUCCAUUAAAUUCGAACGAUGAUGGACGUGUACAAAUCCGAACUGAUAAUUUCAAUUCUGAUAUGACUUGUGAAAGUAAUAAUCUAUCGAUUGUGAAAGCUGCAGCAAUUUGGAGAUCUGCCGCAACAAGAUGCAAUAAAUUUUCAAAUUGUGAUGAUAAUGUAUCCGCAGCAUACAUUAAUAAUCGAUAUCGCUCAGGCGAAGUUAAGAUUAUGAGAAAAGGUUCAAUAAAUUCCGGGCAAAUUGUAACGGGUAAUCAUAACAAAAGCAUACGAGUGGCUUUUGAAGUGAUUUUAAGAUUUUUAGUACCUUUAGCUAACGGUGUAGUGCGGGGUUUCAAAGGUAUACGAGAUGUACGUUUCCUUAAAUUUUCACGUAGUAUUGCUUGCAGUCGCCAGACUUUAAUAAAUUUAUUCGCUUUUGCCGCUAAUACUAUAUCAAUGAACUUAUCUGUAGCACAAGUUUCUCAUCGGAUCGAGCCAAUAUUGAAAUUAUUGAAAAUCAAAAAAUCUUGUGAUGGCACCGAAAUUUUGCCAACUUUUUCGGACGAACAAAUGACACCGUCAAACUCGCCAACUCUAUCAGCUAUAGUGCCUUCUUUGGAUUUGAAAUUUUUAUUAGAGCCAACACUGCUACCAGCACUACUUCAAUUGAAUCGUCAAAAAAAGACGACCGUCGAAGAGCAAAUUGCCCCGAAAUGUUGCACUUUGCAAAUUUUGGCAGAACCGCCACCUGGUCAGCCAAUACGGGCCGAUAUCAUUUUCAUACACGGCCUCCACGGUUCGGUGGUGAAAACUUGGCGGCAAGGCUUAUGGGAAAAUGAACGGCGGCCUGUUCAAUUUGAUAGGCCACCAAGGCCACCGGUAAGACCACCGAAAAGACCCCGCCAUUCACGUACAACCAUUGCACGACCACCACAUAAAAAAAAGCGACCACGUUUCGCUUAUACCGAUAAUGCCAAGCAAUUCUCGGACGCGACUACAGACUCGAUUGAUGAGUGCGAUGAAAACUUCAACAACUAUGGUGAAAACAUGUAUUCUUUUUCCCGUAAUCAGACAGAAAAUGUGCAAAUAUGUGACGGUACAGAAUAUAGUUCGCCUACGUUUCGUUUGCGCAUGAACGAUAGCAGUCGGUUAUUGCAAGCCGAGUUGUUAGAGUAUUUGUUAAAUAAUGAAAACUCGGCAAACCCUCAUGAGGAAUAUUUAAGUUCAAAUUCAAGUUCAAACUUGAAACUUGAUCCUAACGAUCCGAAUUAUUCGAAAUGUUGGCCCGGCGAUUGGUUACCGUUGGAUUGCCCAGGCGUGCGAGUAAUGGCCGUAGAUUAUACCACCGAUUCAUAUUUAUGGCGACCGAUGUGGAAGAAUAAAGAGACCAGAACGAAUCUGAUACAAAGAUCUCGGGAAAUGUCAGAAUUAUUAAUUAAAUAUCGUGUCGGUCACGGUCAUCCGAUUGUCUAUGUGGGUCAUUCUAAAGGGGGACUUUUUGUAAAAGAAAUAAUCGUUCACGCUUGGGAGAGCGGACGCCCAGCCAUGGCACCUCUUUGGCGUUCGGCUAGAGGUGUAUUCUUUUACUCAGUGCCACAUCGGGGUUCGCAUUUGGCCUCAAUUAAGGCCCCGCUACUCAUUAGAUCUGUGGAACUUAUAGAUAUAGAAAAAAAUAGCAAAUACUUAUUAGAUUUACAUCGACGUUUUGCGGGUCUUUAUCAUUUGGGUCAUUUAAAAAUCGAGGUAUUUAGUUUCGUCGAGACCGCUUUAACGCUAAUGUCACUUUUAUAUUUACGAAUUGUUGGAGUGGACUCGGCCGAUCCGGGUAUCGGCGAUGUAUGCGGCAUUCGUUUAGAUCAUCGUGAAAUUUGUAAGCCGAGGAGUCGUGAUUGUAUUUUAUAUAAAGAAUUAGUUAAAAUGAUAAAAAAAGUUUGUUAAUUUUAGACAUAAAACAUUUGUAAUUUGAAUUCAACCAAUGUGCCUAAAUAACCCAACUGUACGUAUGGAACAAUAUUUGCAAUAAUUGUGUUAAUCUUUCCUUAUUUGUAAUUUUAUAUAUAUAUAUAUAUUAUAUAU